UCUGCUCUAAUUCUACAUAAAUACCACACUAUCACACGACGUCAUAAAAAGCAUUAGAUUAGGGCGACGAAUUAGAAAAUACUUUGACACUUUCUAUAAUUUGUAAUUAUUAUUCGAUUUUUCACGUUGUUGCUAUUACUUACACAAUAUUUGUGUUUGUUUUAAGUUUUAGGCUUUGUUGAUAUAAACCAUUUAUCAGGAUGUACCCCGUUGGUCAAGCUCCAGCGGGGGACACGAAUGCUGGUGCAGUGAGUGUAGCGGGGGCAGUGACCGCGGCUGCGAGCACGACUGGUGCUGCGCCCGGAGUCCCCAGCACUGCCCCCGCCACCGGAGCCACCGCUCCUGGUGCUGCUGGGGGUGCUGGCGCCAUGAGCCUCGUGUCACCUGCAGCACCGCUGGCGGAUUUACCAACACUCACAUGCCCGCGCCGCCCCAACCUCGGCCAUGAAGGAAGACCCAUAAUGCUGCGAGCGAAUCAUUUCCAAAUAUCAAUGCCAAGAGGAUUUGUUCAUCAUUAUGAUGUAAACAUACAACCAGAUAAAUGUCCCAGAAAGGUGAAUAGAGAAAUUGUUGAAACCAUGGUUCAUUGUUACAAUAAAAUAUUUGGAGCACUCAAACCUGUGUUUGAUGGCAGAAAUAAUUUGUAUACAAGAGAUCCGUUACCUAUUGGUAAUGAUAAGGUUGAAUUGGAGGUUAUAUUACCUGGAGAGGGUAAGGACCGAGUGUUUCGUGUCAGCAUCAAAUGGGUUGCACAGGUUUCAUUGUUUGCUUUAGAAGAGGCUCUUGAAGGUAGAACCAGGCAGAUACCAUAUGAUGCCAUCUUAGCUUUAGAUGUGGUGAUGAGGCAUCUUCCUUCCAUGAUGUACACUCCUGUGGGACGUUCAUUUUUCUCUUCACCUGAAGGUUACUACCACCCCCUCGGUGGUGGCAGAGAAGUCUGGUUUGGUUUUCACCAAUCUGUAAGACCCAGCCAAUGGAAAAUGAUGCUUAAUAUUGAUGUUUCUGCAACUGCCUUUUACAAAGCACAGCCAGUCAUAGAGUUUAUGUGUGAAGUCCUUGACAUACGAGAUAUCAAUGAUCAAAGAAAGCCACUGACGGACUCACAGAGAGUUAAAUUUACAAAAGAAAUCAAAGGCCUCAAGAUUGAAAUCACUCACUGCGGCACCAUGAAGAGAAAAUAUAGAGUAUGUAAUGUGACCCGUCGCCCCUCACAGAUGCAAUCUUUUCCUCUCCAGUUAGAAAACGGACAAACAGUAGAAUGUACUGUAGCAAAAUAUUUCUUGGAUAAGUAUAAGAUGAAGUUGAGGUAUCCUCAUCUGCCAUGUCUACAAGUAGGUCAAGAGCAUAAACAUACAUACCUUCCACUGGAGGUCUGCAAUAUAGUCCCUGGACAGAGAUGUAUCAAAAAGCUAACUGAUAUGCAAACAUCUACUAUGAUCAAAGCAACAGCACGCUCAGCUCCCGACAGGGAAAGAGAAAUCAAUAACCUGGUCCGACGUGCAAAUUUCAACACUGACUUGUAUGUGAAGGAAUUUGGUUUGACGAUCUCAAACAAUAUGAUGGAGGUUCGCGGCCGAGUAUUGCCACCACCCAAGCUACAAUACGGCGGCCGUGUUUCCUCGCUAGGCGGGCAGCAAGCUUUACCAAAUCAAGGAGUGUGGGACAUGAGAGGCAAACAGUUCUUUAUGGGUGUUGAGAUACGGGUGUGGGCAAUUGCUUGCUUUGCACCACAGAGAACUGUUAGAGAAGAUGCUUUGAAGAACUUCACACAGCAGCUACAGAAGAUAUCGAAUGACGCCGGAAUGCCGAUCAUUGGGCAGCCAUGCUUCUGCAAGUACGCGACGGGGCCUGACCAAGUGGAGCCCAUGUUCAAGUACCUCAAGAGCACAUUCGUACAGUUGCAGCUUGUCGUUGUUGUGUUGCCAGGGAAGACGCCUGUCUAUGCUGAAGUGAAACGUGUGGGAGAUACCGUAUUAGGGAUGGCGACACAGUGUGUUCAAGCAAAGAACGUGAACAAAACUUCGCCACAGACCUUAAGCAAUUUGUGCCUGAAGAUAAACGUCAAACUUGGCGGCAUUAACUCUAUCCUGGUGCCAUCACUUCGUCCUAAGGUGUUCAACGAGCCGGUGAUAUUCCUGGGCGUGGACGUGACGCACCCGCCGGCGGGCGACAACAAGAAGCCGUCCAUCGCGGCCGUCGUCGGCUCCAUGGACGCGCACCCCUCGCGGUACGCCGCCACCGUGCGCGUGCAGCAACACAGCGAGGGCAAGUGUGCAAGUUGCACCGACUCACCGUUAGGGUUCUAUAAGCAAGAGAUAGUGCACGAAAUGAGCAGCAUGGUACAGGAGCUACUCAUCAUGUUCUACAAGAGCACCGGCGGGUUCAAGCCGCAUCGGAUCAUUAUGUACCGGGACGGCAUCUCCGAGGGACAGUUCCUACACGUCUUGCAACACGAACUCACUGCUGUCCGAGAAGCUUGUAUCAAGUUGGAGGCGGAGUACAAGCCGGGAAUCACGUUUAUUGUGGUGCAAAAGCGGCACCAUACGCGACUAUUCUGUGCUGACAAAAAGGAGCAGUCGGGCAAAUCUGGAAAUAUUCCCGCAGGCACUACCGUCGACCUCGGCAUCACACAUCCGACUGAGUUCGAUUUCUAUCUAUGCAGUCAUCAAGGAAUUCAAGGCACGUCGCGUCCGUCGCACUACCACGUGCUGUGGGACGACAACCACUUCGGGUCGGACGAGCUGCAGUGCCUGACGUACCAGCUGUGCCACACGUACGUGCGCUGCACGCGCUCGGUGUCCAUCCCCGCGCCCGCGUACUACGCGCACCUCGUGGCCUUCCGCGCGCGCUACCACCUGGUGGAGAAGGAGCACGACUCGGGCGAGGGCAGCCACCAGUCGGCCUGCAGCGAGGACCGCACGCCCAUCGCCAUGGCGCGCGCCAUCACCGUGCACGCCGUCACCAAGAAGGUCAUGUACUUCGCCUAACCGCACGCCGCACUUACCAGGUAAUGUUAGUCGAGCGUGCGAAAUUUCUGGGGCUUCUCUAUACUUUAAAAUAUUAUCUCCGCAGGAAGAUCUCGUAUGUAAACGCGUUCGAUUGUCGUUGUCAUUCCCUUCUCCGGUUCGUGCAGCAAUUUCCCGAAGCUGGGAGUGACCCUGUGAGGUCUUCAUGUUUUGAGAUAGAACUCCGCCUAUUUUCUGGUUUGUUCUUGUAUAUAACGCCAACCGUUUCUACCAGGUUCUGAAUGGCCCCACUCGCGUUUCAUAUAGUCUAAUUUUAUAAAUGUUGUUUAGCUUUUACGAAGAUAGCUGUCCCAAUAUAAAAGACGUUUCAAUUCUAUGAAGUUUUGAUAGUGAUGGAACAAUCGAAAUAAAUCGUUGACAAUUAUUUGAUGUAUAAGUAUAAUAAUAAUCGGAGGAGAGCAAUAAAUAUUACCUCAUGCGUGUAAUGCGUAGUGUUUCCUAUUUGGCCAUCCGUUGACUGGGCUAUUUACUAUCUUCUAAGAAGCAUUUGUAGAAUUCAACUUAAGCUUUCUAAAUAAAACAAAGAAGUGCGAUUAAUUUAAUAAGUGGAUAUUUUAUCCUUAUAUGAAACUAAAAAAGAAGUUAGUGACAGUUAUAGACAGACAUUCAAAUAAAUAUAUUUUAUGAAAUUUAUAAAUAGGUCUACAGUAAAAUACAUUCACAAAAAAAGGUUUUUCUCGUAAACAUAGCUGGUUAAUUUCAAACGUAGCUUAAUAAAGAAGUGAACAUCAUACAAAGCUACACUGAAGUGUAACGAAACAGGAACACUUGAUGGAGGAUUAUUUGCUUUGCGAAGAUUUUGAUAGUGAAUUUAAAUAAGUAGAUUCCUAUUUUGUAAUGAUCUAAAUUAUUGUGGUAUCACACAAAUAAGUAUCCACUGUUUUUCAUUAAUCUGUAGUCUUUACAUGAUGAUGCAACAUAAAUCAGUGAGUAGUAUUAAGCAGUAACGCCAAAUAGUCCUCAUUAGGUGUGCUAAGGAUAUAAUAAUAUGUAUUUAUUAUUAAAUGAUUUAAAUUAUCAUUCAUUUGAAUAUAUUAUGAGUUCAGUAUAUAAGUACCUAUUUUAUUUUCAAUGCUUCGUUUAUAAUUUUUGCACAUUAAUUCAAUGAACUUCACACAAACACAUACACUAUGUAUAUAAAACAAAUUAUUAUAAACAGACAACCAAUCUUACUAUCAGUGUAAAGAAUGAUAUUUUUAUUUUAUAUUUUUAAGUUUAUUUUUUAAAGUAAGAGUUCUUUUAUAUUGUAUUUUAGCUUUAAGUUUAAUCAACUAAAAGUUGGGAAGAAUGUUUGUCCUGACUUUAAGGGUUGGUGACAAUGUUUUUUUUUUUGUAAUUAGUGUGAAAGUUAAUAAACAUCUUUUUUAUCAUAAAUUAUGCUUUUGGUGUUUCAAUUGGUCGUAUGUCAGUGUUAUUUUGUCUCAUAGACGCAUAAUUACAUGCAAUUUGUGUAGUUCGUAAUUCUCACGGAUAAUCGGACUCUUAUUUACUUUACUUAUUUGUACGAAAUAGUCAUAUAGACACACAAUAACGCAUGAAAUGCCAUAUUCUAUAUACAGCUAAUUUAAUGAUUUGAUUUGAAUUCAUGUUCAUUAAUUCAAUUGUAACAAAUAAAGUACACUCAGAUUACUUUUUCGUGGAAAGAAGUGGUGUCAAAGUAAAUAAUCGCCCGGUUAUCUUUUAAGUGGACAAGCUGCUAAAAAUAUCGGAUAUAAAUGUAUUUUAUAUUAAAUGACGUUGUGAUGCUAGGUGUGAUACAUUAAUACGAAUAUGUUCAGGAUCGUUGUUAUACAUUAACAAUAUAAAAUCGAAAAUAAUGCAUAGUGAUCAUGCAAGUGAUGCAAGUAUGAAACUUGGGUAAUAGGUUUUUAAUAUGACUUCUGUUCUUAUAAUGACGGUGUUUCUUUUAAAUUCUAUCAUAUAUUCUGUCGCCAUCAUAUCAUGUACGAUAAGCUCUUUAUAGUGAGAAUCAGCCCUCUUGUAGUUGAUAAACAUUAUUUGUCGCAAUUGUAAUGAUUAUUAUGAUAUAAUUUUCAAAGUUAAACACCCAGUCGCUUAAAGUUUUAUAAGAAUAAACUUUAUUGUUUAUUGAA